AUGACCCGGUUCGGGGGUAUGCUGCAGCUGGAGGAUCUUCGGCGUCACGGAGAGUCGGAUGGGCACAUUCGGAGCUUGGAGAAGCUGGGACAGCCAGCUGCAUCGCCCGGGGGGAGCGAGGAGGACAAGGCAGUGCCGACACCAGCGCAAGUGCGCCUGGCGCUUGAAGUCCUGCGGAUGCCUAGCAGCGCGCAGGGUAGGUCCUACGAAGCUCGGUGCGAACUGGCGGGGCGAGCCGAUUGCAGGAACUUUCCUGCGGGUCGCUCCUGCGCGACCGAGCACGCGCGAAUCAUCAGGACAGUUGCAGAGGUGUACACUGUGGAUGGCGAAAAAGCUGAGGGACUGGCUGGGCGCUUUGCUGCCGCCACAGGCUCAGAUGGAAGCGGUUCACCGCCAGCAGCGUGUACCAGCCUCGCAGCCAAGGUACUGACGCCCAGCAACAUUCGGCUGCUUGCACUGACGACGGAGUGGCUCAGCUUGGUGUCUCCAUUCGUUCAUGAGUACGACAGGGGCGCCGCAAAGUCAGAGUCCGCGCCGACCUCUUCCACAGCUCGCAUAUCCAACUGCUCCAGGUUGUGCGAGAAUCUGAAGCAGGACGCUGUAGACUCACUUGUGCGGAUGCUGCGUUCCAAUGAAUUACUGCUUGGGUUCACACAGGAUCUCAAUCGCACCUUUGCCUUCAAGUCCUUGGACGGCUCCACCGCCCAACGGCCUCUGGUUCUCAAUAGCAAUUACACGUCCGGGUACCUUCAGAUAGCCGAGCAGCAGAUGAAAGCUUUGAGCAGCAGCUCGGACAUUGCCGUGUACCAGGAUGGUCGCCUAUUGUUUCACUACGAAGGCGUGCCCGACGAAGAGUAUGCUGCUCUGCUGGCGCCCGAAUUGGGGUCCAUCAAGAACGUGUCGGACUUGUUUCUCGAGUCCGUGGAGACUUGGCAUCAAGCUGGUGUUGGGUCUGCUCUGAGCCCCUUCGACGUGGUCUGGUGGACGGCCAACAGAUCAGACUCCACCCUGCCCGAGGUGUUGGAUCCUUUGGCCAAGCUGCUGCAGCUGGACACACACGUGCUGCGCGAAGAGUACCUCGUCGCACGACCCACGGCGGUCUUUCUUGCCAGGUCUGAGAGAGCCUACUGGCCCAUGACUAUGCAGCGCUUUGAUCGGUUGAAAUCACUGAAAGUUCGCUUCAUGCUAGCAAUCUUCGAUGCCACUUCGGAGAUCGAGACCAGCUUUAGCACACUGCGGCUGUUUUCAGGCUCCAUCAAGGCCAGUAUGUCAGAGGAAAACAGGAAUUGCUAUCUGAAAGUCUUCUGCGACUGCCCGGACCUGGACAAGGUGGUUUUUUUCUCAAAGGGCAAUUACCAGCCAUCCAGUCUUGGUUUCAAAAUCCUGGACAAGUACCGGAAGCUUUAUGGUGGGCAAGGUCGGAACACGAGACGGGACCGACUUCCACGAAAGUCCUUCUGCUCGAGGCUGAAAUCCAAGGGCUUGGCGUCUUUCCAGAGACAGCGGGACGCACAGCGGCGUUCGCUGCAGCAGCCAGAUGCCGAGGAAGGUCUGGAAGACCUUCAGCAAGUCGUUGACUCCGCAGCAAGACGGCGUGCCUCUCCUAAGCAAGAGAAGCUGCGGGCAAUACUUCAGGCAAAAGCUGCGGAGCUCAAACAGGACUUCGUUCAUGGUCCCGGUCAUGGCAUUGCCGCCAAGUUGUCAGAGCAUGAAAGGAACGUGCUAAAGGACAAAGAGAAGCUCCAGAGGAUAGAGAUGAGACAAUUGCACGAGCAGUUGGAAGAACUAGCCCCGGGACCCUGCACAUUCGUCAUCCUCGGUUCCUGUGUCCAUUUGAAGACGCGUGCGAAGAAGCAGCUGGCCCGGGUAUCUUCGUUUGCAGGUUCUGUGUUCUACAGUGCCUCGGAGUUCUUGAAUGGCGUAAGCCAGGAGGUUGCCAUGGACUGCAAGCGGCUCGUGUGGGUGUGCGUGGAGCCGGAAACCUUCCAAAAGGUUUUGGGGCCCCAGAAUGGCGUCGAGAUUCCUGCGGCCGACGCCCAGGGAGAGUGUUGGAAGGAGGUUUCAAUCAUCCUGGCGACUCGCGUGCUUGGCGGGUAUGUCGCCAGUGGGCAAUGGCCGAGUCUACUUGCCAACCGACAGGACGCCUCUGUCCCCUCCCCGAUCAUCAGGCUUGGGGCAGCAUACGCCCAGCCGCACAACAUUUACAUGUCCAAGCUGCCGGAAAAGCUGAAAGGAUGUCUGAACCACCUCGAUGCCAUCCUGCGAGGUGGCCCCGAACAAGGGCAUGUGCGCUGGGUUCUGCGAGGCAGCAAGAAAGAGCCGCGCAAAACAGCCCUCAUUCCGGUUUGGAAGGAUGCGGCAUCGAAGCAGAAGAGGUUCACUGUUGGUUUGCUCCUAGAGGUUUGGGUCCUGGCGAUGUCAAGGCGCAGGUCCGGCGCCAAGAAGCCCGAGGCCGACGCGGCGGGGGCCAUGCCGGCUCCUGCUGAGCCUGAUGCUUGGCGGGAGUUGCGGCAGUGCGUGGAUCGCUUGAAGCAAUCCAAGAUGUGGGUCGAGAGCGGCGCCGAGCCACUCCCGGUGAGCGGCGUGACAGCGCUGGCCGCUGACUGGCGUGGCAGUGACAUUCCACAGGAUGCUUUGAAUCCGCAGGGCUGCGGCGUGCUCGGAGAUUUGCAGUGGUCGUGCCCCGGUCCAGCCGGCGCCGGGGUGGGCCUGCGUGACAUCUCGGCCAGCCGUGAGUUUUGGUACAAGGGCGACAACCCGCCCGAGCUGCCGGAAACGAUGGUGCUGUUCACAGAUGACAGUGCAAGGCUCGGGUUUAACGUUUCAGGGCUUGAGUUCCAGCCCUGCACACCUAAUAACGUUUCAGGGCUUGGGUUCCAGCCCUGCACACCUAACCAUUGCAGGGGGGACUUGACACCCGUGUCGCGGGUAGUCCAACUUGCUGCCUUCAUCUUUGAGUGGGAUGCGGCAGUGGCAGCCGGCGAGGAGCGAGCCAAGCUGUUCGCUGCGCGUGCAGCCGCUGCUGGGAGAAAGGGUUUAGGCCUACUGCACGAGGGUUGUUUUUAA